AUGUUUAGUCUCGCAGGAACAAGGACUGCGAUUGUCCGCUCAAAGAAGCUCUCGGCGGUUGUGCUGCCUGUACGCGCUGUCGCCGCCACGCAAUUGCCCAGCUCGCAUCCUCGGGACUUCCACUCCACGCCAACAAAUGCCGCGUUCAGACCUACCUGGAUGCCGAUGCGCGUCAAGACGGCUUGGAUUGAUGCUUUGACGGCCAGUCGGGAAGCCGCAAAGGCUGCGAAGGAUGGUGAGCCCGAGGCACCGAGAGUGAAGCCGGAUUUGACGCCGAAGAAGACGUCCGACAGCUUUUACAGUGCUGUAUUGCCUUUGGGUCAAGAUAAGUGGCUCUUGGACCACUACCUCAAUUCUAGCGGUCACAUCCGACUUGGCUCUUUGUUGAUGGACCUCGAUGCUCUUGCGGGUAUUGUUGCGUACCGCCACACUGGUGAUGGCGUCAGUACUGUGACUGCUGCUGUUGAUCGUAUCACUAUUGAGCAUCCGCUAAUGGAGAUAAGCGAUCUUGAGCUUACUGGUCGGGUAUCCUAUGCGACGGGACGAUCCAGUAUGGAGAUUUCAUGCCAGGUGUCUAAGGCUCGGGCAGAGGGUGAACCUGCGAAGCCUGAAGACGUUCUGAUAACCUGUGCUUUCACAAUGGUGUCGCUAGACCCGGUUACUAAGAAGCCCGUUCCUGUGGCACCCCUGAUCAUCGAGACGGAAGAGGAGAAAGAGUUCUUCAGGAAAGGCGAAGAGAAUUCCAAAGCCAAAAAGGCUCUCCGCACUCGCAGUCUCCUUGAGACGUCUCCUGACGCCGAGGAAAGCGACCUAAUCCACGCAAUGUGGACAAAAGAGAUGUCCUAUCCGAACCCCCAAGUCCCCGCUACCCGCCCCAACAACCAAGUCUACAUGAGCGACACCGUUCUCAAAUCCGCCAUGAUUAUGCAACCCCAAUACCGCAACCGCCACAACUUCAUGAUCUUCGGUGGUUUCCUCCUGAAACAAACCUUUGAGCUAGCCUUCUGCUGCGCUGCCUCCUUCGCGCACGCUCGGCCCAACUUCCUCGCUCUUGACCCCUCAACUUUCGAGAACCCCGUACCUGUCGGCAGCGUGCUCUAUCUGCGCGCCACGAUAGCGUACACUGAGCCUGAGGAGCGUGAAGACGGGGGUAAGUUCACCCGUGUGCAGGUGCGCGUCGAUUCCAAGGUUCGGGACGUGGAGCAUGGAACGAAGAAGUCGACUGGUAUGUUCAACUAUACUUUCUUGGUUGAGGGGGAUGUCAACGUCAUGCCGAAGAGUUACGGGGAGUUUAUGCUCUGGACGGAUGCGAGGAGGAGGGCGAGGAACGCGGCUGCGAUUGAUCCUGGGCAUAAGAGUAGUGCAUUGCGGAGUAUCCAGGACAGUGUUACUGAGUAG